AUGGUGAAGGAUUUCUUAGAUUAUGCUUGGAGGUGCGAUUCUUGUCAAUUUCAUGCAAAUUUCAUACAUCAGCCGCUUGAAGUAUUGCACCCAACUAUCGCAUCUUGGCCAUUUGACGCUUGGGGAUUGGAUGUUGUGGGACCACUACCAAAAUCUUGUAGUGGACAUUUCAUCCCUCGAUACAUAAUAACAGACAAUGGCAAGCCAUUUGAUAACAAGUUAAUAAACAAAAUUUGUGAUCUCUUUGGCUUCAAGCAGCGUAAAUCUUCUAUGUAUCAUGCUGCCGUCAAUGGUCUUGCUGAAGCAUUCAAUAAGACUCUAUACAACCUCCUGAAGAAAGUUGUCUCCAAGUCUAAACGAGAUUGGCAUGAAAGAAUGGAAGAAGCUUUGUGGGCAUAUAGGAUAACAUAUCGCACACCAACUUAA